AUGCCACUGGUCUUGCCAUUGAACUCGUUUACCUUUCUAUCUUCUUCUACUUUUCUCCCACCCCACGUGAAAGUGGGGCUCUGGCUGAUAGGAGAGAUGGUAUUUGUAGGAAUAGUAGCCACAUGCACAUUGCUAUUGUUCCACACGCAUAACAAGAGAUCUUCUUUUGUUGGAAUCAUUUGUGUCAUUUUUGUUAGCCUCAUGUAUAUUGCUCCUCUCACAAUCAUGAGUAAGGUGAUCAAGACCAAAAGUGUGAAGUACAUGCCAUUUUCUCUCUCACUUGCCAACUUUCUGAACGGAGUCAUUUGGGUUAUUUAUGCCCUUAUUAAAUUCGACCUUUUCAUUUUGAUUGGAAAUGGACUAGGAACAGUAUCAGGAGCAGUACAACUUAUACUUUAUGCUUGUUAUUACAAGACAACACCAAAAGAUGAUGAAGAAGAGGAUAAUCUUUCUAAGGCUAACUCUCAGUUACAACUCAGUGGCAACUAG